CAUCGUAAGCUUGUCAUCCAACGCUCAACAAAUCCAUCUAAUUACGAUUUAGUACACUUUACCCUAAUAAAUGGCACCGAAGGCAGAGAAGAAACCGGCCGAGAAGAAGCCCGCCGCUGAGAAGGCUCCGGCGGAGAAGAAGCCAAAGGCGGGGAAGAAGCUCCCAAAGGAAGGUGCGGCUGCCGCCGGAGACAAAAAGAAGAAGCGCGCGAAGAAGAGUGUAGAAACUUACAAGAUCUACAUCUUUAAGGUGCUGAAGCAGGUUCAUCCUGACAUCGGGAUCUCGAGCAAGGCCAUGGGAAUCAUGAACAGCUUUAUCAAUGAUAUUUUUGAGAAAUUGGCUCAGGAAGCGUCUAGGCUUGCAAGGUACAACAAGAAGCCUACGAUUACUUCUCGGGAGAUUCAGACUGCUGUCCGAUUGGUUCUUCCUGGAGAACUGGCAAAACACGCCGUUUCUGAGGGUACAAAGGCUGUUACCAAAUUCACUAGUUCUUGAAAUGAUCGUUUAUUAGGGUUCUGUCGCAUUUUUCUUUUUGAUUUCAUUUUCUGUGUUGGUAGGGUUUGAAUGUAUGAUCUGCAAGUUUCCUAAUCUGUAAUUCUGAAUGUAAAGAAUGCUAUUUGGGUUUUAUUGAAUUUGAUUUUCUGCCAUUCCA